UGUUGAUUAGUCCUACUCCGCCCACCUGUGUUUUACCAUCACCAGAAGAACCAACCUUUUCCCCCAUUCCUAUUGUGGUCACCUUUACUAUUAGGUCUCACUCUCACACUCACCCUGCAAUUUCUGCAAAUUUGUUUCAAAAUUCUUGCGAUUCAAAUUUCUGAACUCGAAUAUGAAUUGUCAGGCACUGAAAAUGAUAGUGAAUUCUCCUUGUCCUACUUCUCCUUCGGCUUCUGGACGCAGAUUUCCACGGCUGUUGCCCCGGACAGUCUCUACCUCCCAAAGGAUACAUCAUUGCUCUGGGGUCCAUCUGGAGGCUUUUCUUACAUCUGAUCUAUCAGAUAAAUAUCUAGUUGCAAAAUAUUCCUUGCGACGCUCUGGAACACAAUGUUCAAUCUCUAAGCAGCCACUCAACAAAAAUUCUUGGCCCCUUGGAGCUAUGGUGGCCUCAAAAUCUCAGGAUGUCUCCACCACAUCUCGUGUUGGUGACGAAAACAUAGGAGUCUUGUUGCUGAACCUUGGAGGUCCUGAAACUCUUGACGAUGUGCAGCCUUUCCUAUUUAACCUCUUUGCUGACCCGGAUAUCAUACGAUUGCCAAGAUUGUUUCGCUUUCUUCAAAAGCCCUUGGCACAAUUUGUAUCUGUUCUGAGGGCACCCAAGAGCAAAGAAGGCUAUGCCUCCAUUGGUGGUGGUUCCCCUCUUCGACGGAUAACCGAUGCACAGGCUGAAGAGUUGGGGAAGUCGCUCUGGGCAAAGAAUGUACCAGCAAAGGUUUAUGUCGGUAUGCGUUACUGGCAUCCCUUUACUGAAGAAGCCAUCAAACAGAUAAAAAGAGAUGGAAUUACAAAGCUUGUUGUGCUUCCGCUGUAUCCUCAAUUCUCUAUAUCAACAAGCGGUUCUAGCCUUAGACUUUUGGAAAGCAUAUUCCGGGAGGACGAAUAUCUAGUUAACAUGCAGCACACAAUCAUACCAUCCUGGUACCAGCGUGAAGGCUACAUAAAGGCCAUGGCAAAUUUAAUUGAGAAGGAAUUAGAAAAUUUUGACUGCCCUGAGAAGGCUGUGAUAUUUUUUAGCGCUCAUGGGGUGCCACUUGCAUAUGUGGAAGAGGCUGGUGAUCCCUACAAGGCAGAAAUGGAGGAAUGUGUAGAUUUAAUAAUGGAAGAGUUAGAGAAGAGAAGUAGAAGUAAUCCCUACACUCUUGCUUAUCAGAGCAGAGUUGGACCUGUGGAGUGGCUAAAACCAUAUACUGAUGAGACAAUCAUUGACCUCGGAAGAAAAGGAGUUAAAAGCCUUUUGGCUGUUCCAAUUAGUUUUGUUAGUGAGCAUAUUGAAACUCUAGAGGAGAUUGAUGUUGAGUACAAAGAGUUAGCUCUAAAGUCUGGUAUAGAAAAAUGGGGACGUGUUCCUGCACUAGGCUGUGAACCCACAUUCCUUUCGGAUUUGGCAGACGCUGUCAUUGAGAGUCUUCCCUAUGUUGGUGCUAUGGCCAUGUCAAAUAUCGAAGCUCGACAGUCGUUAGUUCCACUCGGCAGUGUGGAAGAGUUAUUGGUGGCAUAUGAUUCACAACGUAGGGAGCUUCCCCCACCAGUUACAGUAUGGGAAUGGGGUUGGACAAAAAAUGCUGAAACUUGGAACGGAAGAGCAGCCAUGCUGGCAGUGCUUGUUCUAUUGGUCCUGGAAGUAACAACCGGAGAAGGUUUCAUACAACAGUGGGGGACAUUGCCCUUAUUUCGCUGAAUGCUUCUCAACGUGCACCAUACCAAGUGAGUACAAAUGAUAUCCCGUGAAUAAACCAGCCUCCAUAUGCUUUUUUGCUCUAUUGCCUAUUUGCCUCUUCGUCACACUACAUUGAAUAUGGAAGUAGUCUAUUAGAUUAGGUGCAAGAUGCAACACGUUUGAUGGGUGAUGAGAACUAAAAUGCCUUCAGUAAGGAAAAUAAUAAUAAUUGUAUUAUAGAUAUUAUUUUCUUUUCUUUUUCCCCGAUCUAUGUGCUUAAAGUAUAAUUUUGGAGGUACAUAUGUUCUUUUAUAAAGUUUAGCCCUUUGUAUAAAAUUUUAUCUAGAGUUCGAACCA